AUGGUUGUUGCCGAAUCCGAGCUCGAAGUCAAGUUGCCAGCUUUGCUAGAUUCAAUCCAUGCUGACAUGUUGUCUCGUAAUCGCGACGAGCUUAUUACUCGGGUGCGGCCUGUAACUUGCAUGGAAGAUUUAAUAUCCUCACUUGAUCAACACUGCAUCUGCAUCGCACCAUUUUGUGGCGACCAGAAUUGUGAGGACCAAGUUAAGGAAGCCUCUGCUAAGUGA